AUGGCAGGUCACACCUCAGCUAACGGUACGGGCAAGGCGGCAUCGUCAUCGCGCAGCCCGCUUCAGGCCGAAGCGGCGUCGAGUGAAGCCGCGCGUCUGUUGCCACAGGUGCUGCAGCUUGUGCAGGACUUCAUCGCAUCGGGUGAGAAACCUGAAACAUACGUUGCGCCAUGGGGCAGCAUCCCGGACUUUCGCAAGGCCGUCACCCUCGACCUUCCCGACAGCGUCAGCACCGAUGCAGCUGGCAUGCCCGACGAGACGGCACUCAUGGACGCGAUCAAGCUCGUGUUUGACCACUCGGUCAACCCGUGGACAGGGCGGUUCUUGGACAAGCUGUAUGCGGCCACGACGCCCGUGGGCAUUGCAGCGGAUCUGGUGCUGAGCGCGGUCAAUGCCAACGCGCACGUCAUGUCGGCGUCGCCCGUGCUCAGUCUCGCCGAAGAGCGCUGCGUCGAGGGCCUGUGCGAGGUGUUUGGAUUCACCGAAAAGAAGCCUGAUGGGCUUACGAUGCCCGGCGGCUCGGCGGCCAACACGCUCGCUGUGCAGACGGCGCUCGCCAACGUCUUUCCGCCGUUCCGAACGCAGGGCGUGCUGGGUGUGGUGCAGUACCUGGCCGACAAGGGCAAAGCGCCGAGGCCUCUGCUGUUUACAUCGUCGCAAUGCCACUACUCGCUGGACAAGGCGGCCAUCUCUGCUGGGCUCGGACUCGAUUCGGUCGUCAAGGUGGCUUGCGACAAAACAGGACGUAUGUGUCCCAAGGCACUCGAGGAAGCGCUGGAACAAGCUGUGCAGCAGCGCACGGGAACGCCGUUCCUGAUCAACGCCACCUCGGGCACCACGGUGCUGGGCUCGUUCGACCCGCUGCCCGAGCUCGCUGCGGUGGCGCGCAAGCACGGCUGCUGGCUGCACAUCGAUGCAUCGUGGGGUGGGCCGAUCGUGUUUAGCCACCGCGCCGAGUACGCCGGCCUGAUGAAGGGCAGCCAGCUGGCGGACUCGAUCACGAUCAACCCACACAAGCUGCUCAACGUGCCGCUCCAGUGCUCGUUUCUGCUGGUGCGCGAUGCCGACACGCUCUCGGCCAACAGCCUCGAUGCCGGCUACCUCUUCCACUCCAAGGACCGCCGCGAGAACGCCGCGAUGAAGACCAUGGGCUGCGGCCGACGCGGCGAUGCCCUCAAGUUCUGGCUCUACUGGGUGCGCUACGGCAAGCAAGGCUUCGGCCACCACGUCGACGCCGGCCUCCAACUCGCCACCCAGCUCGUCGAGUAUAUCCGCUCCAAGCCCGAGCUCGAGCUCGGCCCGCUCGCCCAUCCGCUCUUCCUCCAGAUCUGCUUCCGCCCCAAGCAGCCGAGCAGCGCGGACGAUGGCGCGCACACGCUGGACCCAGAGCAGGUGCGCGUCCGAUCCAAGGGCACUCAGUUUGUCUACCAGGAGCUCAAGAGCCGCCGCAUGUUUGCUGUCGACUUUGCGCCGCUUCCCAACGACAUUGGCGACUAUAUCCGCCUGGUCGUGCACCCGCGCACGCGCAUGGACGACCUCCGGACGCUCGUGGACCAGGUCGCUGAAAUCGGCCACGCGUACUGGAAGCAGGCAUAG